AUGUUAGUCACAUUUAAUUCAAGAACCAAAAAUCCUACUUCGAAUAACGAUAACGAAAAUACAGCUAAUAGAAUCAAUUUGAAUUCAAAUGGACCAACAACAAAAGUUAAACAUGAGCAUACAACAAAUAUGACACCAUUUGUUAAUACAACAAAACCCUCAGUAUCCACAAGUACUACGAAUUCAAAAGUAUCAAAACCAAUUCAUAAUAAGUCUACGUCAAACUCAACAACUACACCUUCAAUUUCAAUUUCAAAUUCCAACAUAAAUCGAAUAAACAAUUCAUCAGAUUUUCAUUUAUUUAAAGAAAAUUCAAGAUCAAAACUAGGUUGUUUAACUUGUAAAAUUCGAAAGAAGAAAUGUGAUGAAUCUAAACCAAAAUGUGGAGAUUGUAAUAGAUUAAAUAAAAAUUGUUAUUAUAUCGAUUAUCAUAAUAUGAAUAAUGAGGAAAUAAAAGAAUUAAAGAAAAAAGUUGAGAAUGAAGAAAGUUCAAAUAAAUUAAGGAAACGGAAAAUAAAGUCAAAACCAAUCAAGAUUGAAGAUGAAAAAGACAAAAGAUCUCCAAAUAUUCAUUUAAAUUCAAAUCUUAAAAAUGGUAUGUUCAAUAAUAUUGGAAUUACAAGCGUCAAUGAGGAUAACAAGUCAAAAGUAUAUGGCUAUGUAUCUGAUGUAAGGUCAACGACUUCUGGAACUAUUUCAGAUUCAUCAACAAAUACAACAAAUUAUCAACUGACAAAUACAAGUGCUAUACCCUCGUCUACUACUCCUAACUUGACUAGUAUCCAUCCAAUAUCUCAAGUUACAUCACCAAUAAGAAUGAACUCUCCAACAAUUCAAAGUUUAAUGAAUCCAAUGGAAGAAACACAAACAAGUGAGAUUCAAGAAACCAACAACCUUUCAACUAAUCCGAUCCACCGAAUUACUCAUACAGAACCUUUAGUUCAAGAGAAAGAUUUACAGAACUGCUUACCAGAGCUGAGUCCAUUACCAUUAACAACUAUAGAUCCAUUACAUGAUUUCUCAAUAAAAGGUUCAAACCUGUUUCCAGUCAAUUCCCCAUCUCCAAUGGCAUUUUUAAAUCUACUACGUGACUUGAAUGAAUCAAAUGGUAACAACUGUAACAAUACUUAUAAACACCGUAGCUCAAACCAAUUAGAAGAAACAGAAGGCAAUGAUGAUGGCACUGAACAAUCGUAUAGUCAAGAACUUAGACAAUUCAUAUCAUCACCUGAUUUUUCAUCAAUGGUAGAAUCUUUUGAUGAUAAUUCUCAUAAUCUGCAUUCAUACAAUGAACUAAUAUCAAAUUUAAAUGCUCAUUUAACUCCAAUGCCUCAAGCAUCAUUAUAUAUCCCUGAACUAGCUGAUCCUCAAUAUUAUUUUUUAUACUAUUAUUAUGUUGAUGUUGUAUCUAGUAAAAUAUCAGUAGCUCCAGUAACUCAAAUUGGUUCAAAUUCUUAUCAAAAAGUAUUUUUACCAUUAGCUCAUAAAGAUAAAGGUGUAUUUUAUAGUAUAUUAGCAUGGGCUAGUUAUCAAUUAGGUGGAGAAUGGAGUUCAGAAGCUAUUAAAUUUGUUAAAGUUGCAAUGUAUCAUUUUAAUAAUUCCAAAGAAAAUAAUCGAACAUCAAUUAUAAAUAAAUUAGCAACUUUAUUAAUUUUAUGUGGUGCUGAAAUAUGUAAUGGUGAUGUUAAAAAUUGGACAAUAUAUUUAGAAUGGGGAGCAAAACUUUUAAAAACAAAUGGUGGAAUAUUAAAAUUUAAUAAAUCAAAAGAAGAAAAUUGGUUAAUUACUAAUUUUGCUUAUCAUGAUUUAUUAGCUAGUUCAACUAGUGAAAGAGGUACUUAUUUUGCAGCUAAUGAAUAUGAUAAAAUAUUUGACGAUCAUGAUAAUUUUUUACAAGGACAAAUUCAUUCUUUAUUAGGUGUUUCAAAAAGAUUAUUUACAAUUAUUGGAAAUAUUUCAACUUUGUUAUAUGAAAGUAAAAAAAUUUUAAAAGAAUAUUAUACAAGAGGUGUAAAUAAUCAUUUUGAACAAAGUAAUGAAUAUUUAAAUAAAUUUGAUGAUGAAGAUAUACUUCAAAAUGGUAAUGAAGGUGAUGAUGAAUCAAUUAUGAGUGAUCAUACAAAAGCUAGUAAAUUAUUAUUAAUUGUAAUUGAUCAAGCUAAAAAUUUAGAAAAAGAAAUAGAUGAAUCAAAACCUGAUAAAAAUAAUUUAUAUAAUUUAUCUGAUCAAGAUUUAGAAUUACAAUUAACAUUAUUUGAAGCAUUUCAAAUAAGUGCUAAAUUGUUUCUUAGAGAAUCAGUUUUAAAAUGUAAUCCAUCCCAUUUAGAAUCACAAAUAUUAAAUAAUGAUCUUAUUAAAUGUCUUGAUAUUUUAAUUGGUACAUCAGUUCAAUCAUCAUUAGUAUUUCCUAUAUUUAUAUCAGGUAUACAUUGUGUUUCUAAACAUGAUAAAGAACAAAUGAUUUUAAGAGUUGAUUCUUUUAUUAAAUUAUAUGGAAUGUUUAAUGCUAAUAGAGUUAAAGAAUUUAUGCUUAGAAUAUGGGAUUUGAAUUCUAAUGGUGAUAAGGUUGUUGAUUGGCAUGAAAUGUUGAAAGAAUUAGGUUGGGAUAUAAAUUUUGCUUGA